ACACAGCCUCAGUACAGAGGGCCUUGCAGUGUUGGUCCCUUCCCCAGGAGGAUCCAGACAGAUCAGCAGGGACUCCCGAUUAACCCAUUUCUGACUCACCCUCAGAUGAUAUUGGUCCGUCUACAUCUGUCCUUCCGCAAUGGUUGUUCCUGAAUCUCAGGACAAAAUGUACUACCCCUCUGCCGAGCUGCAGAGGGAUGCUCAUGUGCCUGAUUUUAACUCUUAUCUGGAGCUGUACAGGAAGUCUCUUGAGAAUCCAGAAGCUUUCUGGAAAGAGGUUGCUGAUGAGUUCUUUUGGAAGAAGCCAGCAACAGGUCCAAUGCUGCAGUACAACUUUGACGUGACCAAAGGGAACAUAUAUGUCAAAUGCAUGGAAGGGGCCAAAACCAACAUGUGCUAUAAUGUCCUCGACAUACAUGUGAAGGAGAGGAACCUCGGGGAGAAGGUUGCCUAUUACUGGGAGGGAAACUCACCCGAUCACCACAUGACCAUCACUUACUCUCAGCUGCUGAGACGCGUCUGUCGCUGUGCCAACGUCCUCAGGAAAAUGGGUGUGAAAAAGGGAGACAGGGUGUCGAUCUAUCUUCCAAUGAUUCCAGAGCUGGUCUACGCUAUGUUGGCCUGUGCCAGGAUCGGUGCUGUUCACUCCAUUGUGUUUGCAGGUUUCUCCUCGGAGUCUCUGUGUGAGAGGAUCAUCGACGCCCAGAGCAGCGUCCUGGUGACAGCAGAUGGUGUUUACAGAGGAGAGAAGCUGAUCAACCUGAAACAGAUUGUGGACGAGGCUCUGGAGAAGUGCAGGGAGAAAGCGUCCUCCAGCAUCACCAAGUGCCUCGUCGUCAAACACCCGGCGCUUAGGACAAAGAGUGGAGCUGCAUGCAACAAAUUACAGACCCCCUGGGACUCGGAGUGUGAUGUGUGGUGGGAGGAGGCGAUGAGAGACUCUCCUGAGGAGUGUGAACCCGAGUGGCUGGACGCCGAGGACCCGCUGUUCAUCCUCUACACCAGCGGCUCCACCGGCAAACCCAAGGGCGUCGUCCACACUGUUGCCGGGUACCUGCUCUACACGUCGCUGACCUUCAAGUACGUUUUUGACCAUCACCAUGACGACGUGUACUGGUGCACGGCAGACAUCGGCUGGAUCACGGGCCACUCCUACAUCACCUACGGCCCCCUGGCCAACGCCGCCACCGGGGUCCUGUUUGAAGGCGUCCCUGUGCACCCCCACGUCGGCCGGUUCUGGGAGAUUAUUGAGAAGUACAAAGUGACCAAGUUCUACACGGCGCCCACAGCCAUCCGCCUGCUGAUGAAGUACGGACGAGAGCCUCUGCAGAAGUACGACCUCUCCAGCCUGAGGAUCAUUGGUACGGUGGGCGAACCCAUCAACCCAGAGGCCUGGCACUGGUACCACGAGGCGGUGGGUCAGGGCCGGUGUCCCAUCGUCGACACCUUCUGGCAGACGGAGACAGGAGGUCAUGUUUUGACUCCUCUUCCUGCCGCCACGCCGCUGAAACCCGGCUCUGCUACCUUUCCUUUCUUCGGGGUGGAACCGGCGAUCCUGAACGAACACGGAGAAGAACUGGAGGGUGAGGCGGAGGGAUAUCUGGUGUUCCGGAGGCCCUGGCCUGGAAUAAUGCGAACGCUGUACAAAAACCACGAGCGCUUCGAAAACACUUACUUCAAGAAGUUCCCGGGCUUCUAUGUGACCGGAGACGGCUGCAGGCGGGAUAAAGACGGAUAUUACUGGAUCACAGGAAGAAUAGACGACAUGCUGAAUGUGUCAGGACACCUGAUGAGCACGGCGGAGGUGGAGGCGGCCCUGACGGAGCACCCGGCCGUGGCGGAGGCGGCAGUGGUGAGUCGGCCUCACAAGGUGAAGGGCGAGUGUCUCUACUGCUUCGUCACCCUCAAAGACAGCCUGGAGUUCAACCACACGCUGGUGGAGGAGCUCAAGAGACUGGUGAGAGAGAAGAUUGGACCAAUCGCCACACCAGACUUUGUUCAGAACGCCCCGGCUCUCCCGAAAACUCGCUCAGGUAAGAUCAUGAGGCGAAUCCUCCGGCAGAUCGCCCGCAACGACAAGGACCUGGGUGACCUCUCGACCCUCGCCGACCCGAAGGUGGUGGAGGUGCUGUUCAGCCAGAGGUGUGAAGCUGCAGCCUGAACACAUGCACCUCCACCUCUCCACCUCUCCAUCUCUUCACCUCUCCACCUCUCCCACUCCGCCCCUUUCCACUUCUCCACAUCUCCACCUCUCCACCUCUACACCUCCGCCCCUCUCCACUUCUUCACCUCUCCACCUCACAAUCUCUUCACCUCACUAUCUCUCCAUCUCUCCACCUCUCCACCUCCCUGUCUCUCCACUUCUCUAACUCUCCAUCUCUCCACCUCUCUGUCUAUACACCUCCGCCCCUCUCCACUUCUCCACCGCUCCACCUCACAAUCGCUCCACAUCACCAUCUCUCCACCUCCUCACCUGCGCCUCUCUCCACCUCUCCACCUCACCAACUCUCCACCUCUCCACCUCUCCACCUCUCCACCUCCUCACCUCCGCCUCUCUCCACCUCUCCACCUCUCCAACUCCACCCCUCUCCAUCUCCGCCCCUCUCCACCUCUCCACCCCUCUGUCUCUCCACCUCUCCAUGUCCCCACCUCUCCACCUCUCCACCUCUCCAUCUGUCCACCUUUUCACCUCUCCAUCUCUCCACCUCUCUGUCUCCCCACUUCUCCACCUCUCCGUCUCUCCAUCUCUCCGCCCCUCUCCACCUCUCUGUCCCUCCAUCUCCCCACCUCUCUGUCUCCCCAAUUCUCCACCUCUCCGUCUCUCCAUCUCUCCGCCCCUCUCCACCUCUCUGUCCCUCCAUCUCACCAUCUCUCCAUCUCUCCAUCUCUCCACCUCUCCACUGCUCCACCUCUCCACCUCUCUGUCUCUCCAUCUCACCAUCUCUCCAUCUCUCCAUCUCUCCACCUCUCCACCUCUCCACCUCUCCACCUAUCCACUUCUCCAACUCUCCACCUCUCUGUCUCUCCACCUCUCCACCUCUCUGUCUCUCCGCCUCUCCACCUCUCUGUCUCUCCACCUCUCCACCUCUCUGUCUCUCUGUCUCUCCACCUCUCCACCUCUCUGUCUCUCUGUCUCUCCACUUCUCCACCUCUCUGUCUCUCCAUCUCUCCGUCUCUCCAUCUCUCCACCUCUCUGUCUCUCCAUCUACCCACCUCUCCACCUCUCUGUCUCUCUGUCUCUCCACUUCUCCACCUCUCCACCUCUCCACCUUUCCACCUCUCCACUGCUCCACCUCUCCACUGCUCCACCUCUCCACCUCUCUGUCUCUCCACCUCUCCUCCUCUCUUCCCCUCUUUGUCCCUCGUUCCCUCUUGUAACGAUGCACCUGUACAGAUGAACACAAUCACACGAUGUAGACGACAGCAAUGUCUUGUUUAAAAUUGUUGUUCUAUUUGGAGAAAGAAUGAAUCAGUUUGUUUAUGUCGUUGCACAGAUGGUUUGUGUUUGGGCCAAAAUAUCAAACAGAAUAGACACAGAGAUAAUACUGUUAAUAUAUUUUUUACGUCUCUUAUCACUGGAGGGAGAAUUGAACCUUUAUUCUCUAUAGUUUUUGAUCAGCUUAUCUGACGACUGUUGUACAUUUUUAAUCUUUGACCUGAAAAUAAAGUGUUUUUAAUCUGU